AUGUACGGGUAGCUGACGUUUGCUUUGAUACGCGCGUUAACAAUUCCUUCGUACAGUCUAAUUGACAUAUUGCCGUGGUGUAUAUAUGCGUGCGUGUGCGUGUUGUGCAUGGUGCGGGGUAAAUUUCGACUGGCAAAAUGUGUUAGAAAUCCGGUUAAUAUGAGCGAAGGAGCGGAUUCAGUGACGCCGAUCUGCGAGAAUUCGCUUACGACCUUGAAAGUUGAUCCUGAGGAAGUCGAUCCUGAGAAACUUCCUCCUCGAAUAAUAUCGCACAACACCAGGAGGCCACGGUUCGGCAUUGGCAAUGCUCCGCUUUCCCCAUAUAUAUUAAUCGAUGGAAAAAAGUUACGGAGCUCCCUGGCUUUCUCCAAGAGACGACCUCCACGACGAGUGAGUUUUCCCGCAAAUGACAAUCUUUUGGUUACGGGAUGCCUGGAGCCUGCCAAUCCUUGGAGACUCGCCGAAAAUGUGAAUCGCGACGAUUUAAUCUCAGCGUACAAGGACUCCUGUACAAAACAUAACACAGAUCCUCUGGAAGUAGUUAUAAGCCAACUCCAGAGUUUAGAUACAUCCCAAAAGCAUAGCGAACAAUUUAAUUUAAGAGGACAGACAUUGGAUCCUAAUGAUUGUGAAGCAUUGGAAGAAAUUCUUAAAAGAAUUCAAUUCGAUAAAGUCGAUUUAGAGGCAACAUCUUUGAAUGAUCAGAGUUCUGUGAUAUUAUUUGAUAUGUUAGAGUAUUAUGAAUCCGCGAAACAGUUGAUUAUUUCAUCCAAUCAGGGCAUCGGAGUACACGGAUGGCAUGCCUGUGCAAAUUUGAUAAGAAAGACCCAAUGUUUAGAACAUCUUGAAGCUAAGGAUAUAACACUUAAUGAACAGUAUAUGAAUAUCUUGAGUCGUGCAUUACGAUUAAUCUGCAACCUACACGUGCUAAAACUAGAAAAUUGUGGACUUUCAGGAAGAUCUACCGUCACACUAGUUGCAGCUUUAAAAAUGAAUACUGGAAUAAGGGAACUGUAUCUAGCUGACAAUGGACUUAAUUUGUACGAUGCAAUACAACUUGGUUCUCUUCUUAGAUUUAAUAAUCAUAUACAGCUACUUGACAUUAGCAAUAAUAACAUUCAAGACAAUGGUGUACGUGAUAUAUUAGAAGGACUCAUUAAUCAAAUAAAUGAAGACAAGAGCGGUAAAGGAUUAAGUAUAUUAGUAUUAUGGAACAAUCAACUUACAAAAAAAUCAGCCCCCUAUUUUGCACGUAUUAUAACGUUGUCUAAAACAUUAGAAACAUUGAAUAUUGGAAAAAACGUGUUGACCGAUGACUUGAUACUUACUAUAAAAGAUGCGCUGAUGAAGAACCAUACUCUGUUACAACUGGGAAUACAAUCGACUGAACUCACAUGCGAUGGUAUUGUUGCAUUAUCAGAGAUUAUCGAAACAAAUCAGAUUUUGCAAAGGAUAGAUUUACGAAACAAUGACAUACGAGUGACAGGAUUAUCAGCCCUCAAUUCCGCAAUGAAAAAGAAUAAAAGCAUCACUAAAAUCGAUUUUGACCUAAAGCUUAGAACGAAAGUGGAUGACUCAGACCAGACAUUAUACACGCAGCUCCUAACCGAGAUUCAAGUCUGUUGUUCGGAAAACGAGCAGAAUCGUAUUAUAGAAGAAACUAGCGAAGGUUCUGAAAGUUCACAUCAUAGCAUCCUCUGUAGUACAAACUCUCGUAAAAUCUCGCUUACAUGUCAAACACUACCAUGUUCUUUAUCAACCGUGAUUUCGAUACGAAAUAACGAACAAGGGCAAACGAUGCUCGAACCGAAACGUAUCAACGGAGGUCGUCUACGUUCCCCAGCCCUUAGUCCAGCCUCUUCACCUAUAGCGAGCCCGAUACCAAGUCCUUCACGAAGUCGAUUUGUGGUGUCCCGAGUACCAGAAACAUCAUUAUGUUCGACAGAUUCCUCAGCAUCUACGUCACCAGUUACUCUGUCCCUUGAAUCAUCUACCUAUCUCGCAUCUUCUGCAAGUGGGCCAUCUAGAUUUCGUGUCUCAGUUGUUGAAUCAGCAAAAACCAUUUUCCAUAAACCUGUUGUCGCCUCGUCCAAGGCCGACAUCACGUUUGAUGUAAAGUUUAAAGUAAAUAGCACGGGAUCGACCGUUUCCGACGAUUCUGUCGGCGUAUUCGGAUCAAAAUUAGAAACUAGUAACGCUCAGAGCGGCGAACAGUUCCGUAACGGGUCAGGCAACGUAUCUCACAUAACCUCAAAUAAGCUAAACGAAAGGUGUACACCGCCCACGCAUGAAUUUGUUACGUUAAACGAUGAACAACAAUCCACCGAGGCUGCUGUUAAGGCGAUUAAAGUCGAUCACAGCGCAGAGUCUGUUAUUUUGGAAAAUAUGGAACAUGGCAAUGUACAGAAUAAUCACAUUAAUAUUUCAACUAGACUGGAAAGUACUGCAUCGAUAAAACAUAUAGGAUUAUCAGAAAGUUAUCGUAAUGACGAUUCGAAGGAUUCAAAAACAUCCAUAAAUGUGAACAAAGAUGAUAGAAAUUCUACUAUUAUAACGAAUAAUAAACCGAAUCCUGCAAACAAACAACAGGAUAUGACCAAAAGUCUACCUGGUGCUGUUUUAAACGAAAGAACAGAAUCGCAAGCGCAAACAAGGCAGAAGUCCUGUAUACAGAAACAUACUCCUAAUUUAGAAAAAUUGCUUGCGCUGUUUCAACAACCUAGCUGUCUUUUUCCUACUAGCCAAUUGAAGAGUAAAAGUACAUUUCAGGAUACUGCGAAUAACGUCACGGCGACUGAAAGUAAAUUUCAUGGUUACUUAAAUGAGGAUAAAAACAGAAGCUCGCAUCAGAAAACAGAAGACUCUUCGGAAUCGCCAAAAAGUAAAUUGACAAAAUCAUUCAACAUUUCUCAAAUUUUGAGCUUGAAAAGCUUAACGAACAUGUUUCCGUCGUUUAAGUUCGAUGGUAAUUUAAAUGUUUCUGAGCAGACCAGCAAAUCGUACUCGAAGCCAGUUACUGAAGUAAAUCUUCUACUUAGAGAAAAAAGCAGAAAUGCUGACUACAGCAAUGACAAUAAGCAACUUAAAGUACACGUAAAAGGGCAAGAAAUUAAUCUUUUCACUGUGGGUAAUCGAUUGGUACCCGAAGAAAUACAAUCAAAAAGCUAUGUUGAACUUAUUAAGAAAAACUUUCUAUUACCUGAACAUUAUAUGGUUUCAAAUAUAGGGAUCGAUAACUGUUUAAAGAUUGCUAAUAAUAAUCUAUUAACGCGUAUUUCCGAGAAUAAAUUGAUCGUACCUUUAUCGAAAUUUGUAAAUAGAUACAAGUGUCCUGUUUUAAAAGCAACUAUUAGCAAUGUAAAAAUUGAAGAUAUAGAGAAAGUACUGAGCAAGGUAGAUUCCAUAAUGGUAAAAACAACGUGUGAUAAAACUUUAACGGACAGUAUUAAUUUUACUAGUGAUAGUAGCUCCUUGUCUUGUAAUAUAAUGUAUGAUAUAACGAAUAUAAACGAUACGUUCGCUGUAAAUAUGUCUGACAAACUGCACAAUUUAGUAAUAUUAAACUUAAACGCGAGACGUGAUUUAAAAGAUAAUUUUGUUUUUAACAUAGACAAUAAGCAGAACAAUUUGGCAUGUUUCAUGUGUAAAACGGAGCGCGGUUAUAAUAUAAGUAAUGAAUCAUUUGCAUAUCAGGAUGCAUUCGAGGUAAACUUAGGUAGAAAUUGUUUAAACAAUGAAGUUACCAAAUGUAUUGAUACCAACUAUCGUAAGGAAGCGUGUACAAAUGUUUAUAAUACACCAAGCAAUGAAGUGAAAGGAAGAGAUGUUUGCCGUGUAAAUAAUAGUACGGACUGGCAAAGUAUUUCAGUGAGUGGAAAAUCAAAAGCAAGAAUAUCUAAGAAGAAUUAUAUGUACGAAGAUAUUAACCUUGAUUCUAGCGGUGUUAGUGCAGAUUCAAGUACGUCAAGUGAUUACAAAGAAGAGGUUAUAAGUACACAAAGAGUACAGAAAGUAAUGAAACCGUUUGAUACAACGGAUAAGAAAUAUUUGGAGUUAUACGACGAUAAUGUUUUCAUGGAAGAUAGCAUGAGUAGUAUGCUUGAAAAGACAGACGUUAUGCCUGUAUCUAGAACGUGUUCUUGUAUAGCAGACUUCGACAAGUCCAUUCCCAAAGAUCUUAUAUUUUAUAUAGCUGACAUUUCUUCUCUUGAUGAGAGUUCCAUAGAAGAGAAAGAUGAAGAAGAAGAAGAGAUUUCACCAGAAACUAUUCCCAACGAGUGGUCAAAUGAUGCUGUUCAACCGAAGAGCUCGUUCUACAAUCUAUCCCAAAGUAACAGAACCAUGAAUCUCAUAAUCGAAGAGCCAGAGAAUAUUUGUAGCACCAACGAAGUUUCCAAGAUUGAGGAAAAGAACUUUUCUACAAGCCAUAAUGUGCAGGACAGCACGCAUUUUCCUAGCAAGGAAGAAUUCCAAGAAAGCAACGAGUCUGGAAUCAAUGAGUCUGAAUGUUCCUCUAUAUGUACAAAAGUUUACUCCAUUGCCCAUCCAAAAAAAGAUGUGUCUCUGCUGAAGAAGAGUAGUGAUAUACGUGGAAACACUUUGGAGAAUAUAUACAUGUUCACAAAAUUUGGAUCGAAUAUUGCUCAACGUGUGAAAUUUACAAAUCCGAAUGCGAUUAGUGAUAUGACCCAGAAAUACCUUAAUACAAUUAAAUGUGCAGUUGCCACGACCAUGUGUUCAAAGGCUGCGGCGAACACAAGGAGUAAUAUGAGAGUCGAAGUGAUUUCUGAUGAGAGUACUACCGUUGCCGAGUCUUCGUCGGUAAUUCAUGCGACAAGCACAAAAUAAAACAGGAAAUACGGAGGACGAAGACGAGGAAAUGGAAGAUAUGGAAAUAGAAGGAACAAGAUAUGCUAGAGAAAAUAAUAAUUUAUAUGAUUUAGAUGAUGAAAUUGAUGAAAUCGAUGAACUUGAAGAAUUGACAAUGGAUCUUGAACCACAAUACCAACGGUAUGCUAGGUGGAAAAUUUGAAAGAACACGCUAUUUAGUAGUUGUUAAUA